GAGUACGAGGGCGAGUACAACGCGUCGGGCGAGAGGGAAGGGCGCGGCGUCAUGCGGUGGGUCGCCGGCACCGUCUAUGAGGGCGAGUGGAAGGCGGGUAAGAUGGAGGGGCGCGGCGUCGCGCGGUACGCCGACGGCGACGUCUACGAGGGCGAGUGGAAGGCGGGUGAGAAAGAGGGGCACGGCGUCGUCCGGUGGGCCAACGGCGACGUGGAGUCGUGCUUCUACUCGCAGGGUGCCCCUGUUGGC